AUGUUCUUUUCCGGCAGGAAUCCCACUUUCAAUCCCGACAAGGACAUACCUGACCUGAGCGGGAAAGUCAUCCUCGUCACUGGAGGCAACAAUGGCCUCGGCAAAGAAAGUAUCAAGCAACUAGCAAAACACAGUCCUGCAAAAAUAUACAUGGGCGCCCGCAACAAGGAUAAGGCUCAUGCUGCAAUCGCAGAUAUACAAGAAGAAGUCCCUUCUGCAAGAAUCAUAUUUCUCGAAAUUGACCUGGCAUCCUUCUCUUCCAUCAAGAAGGCAGCUGCCACCUUUCUGGCUGAUAAUGACCGUCUCCACAUUCUCAUGAAUAACGCGGGUAUUUUCGCCGCCCCUCCUGGCUUGACAGAGGAGGGGUACGAAAUUCAAUUUGGGACAAACCAUAUGGGCCCAGCUCUACUCACCAAGUUGCUGCUGCCGGUCCUAGAAGCAACGGCCAGUAUUCCCGGGAGUGACGUUCGGAUUAUCAACGUCAGCUCCGAGAUAUACACCAUGGCUCCGAAAGGAGCCAUUCUUCUGGAUCAAGCAAAAUCGCCACUCACGGAGAUCACCACUGUGGCCCGCUAUGGUCAAUCGAAGCUCGCCAAUAUAUACUUCACCAAGUCCUAUGCGAAACUUCACCCAGCCAUCAAGUCUGUCUGCCUACAUCCAGGACUCGUUCGGACAGACAUUGGCAGAGGGAUGAAAGGCAUGUCACUUCUUUCGGUCCUUUUCAGCCUUUUCAACAAAGUGGCAUCAGUGGAUGUACCAACAGGUGCUUUGAAUCAGCUUUGGGCAAGCACCGUCCAGUCAGAGAGCGUCAAAUCUGGAGCAUACUACAUCCCCUUCUUUAAGGAGACAAAUCGGAUGGAUGCCAUGAGCGAUGCACAGAAAAUAGAAGAGCUGUGGGAGUGGACAGAACGGGAAUUAGAAACCCACACAUCUUGA